GGGGCAGUGGCGGGAGAAGAGAACCCGGGGAAACCUUUUCCCGGCUAUAUAAAACUCUGACCUCUUCAUGAAAAGCUGCGCACUGCUUGGUUCGAACUGAAAGAUUUCAUUUUUGGACCGAAAUAAUCGCUCAGAUUUUCCAUUGUUACAUUUACAAUCCACUGGAAGCGAAAAAUAGUGCUUCCGAUGGAAGAUAUUGGGAAAAUGAUUGGAGAUUUGAGCUUAGGAGAAUUAGUAGAGGGCCAGCAAGGUGAGGCACUCAGAAGCAGUGCCUUCCUACGGUUAAAAUCUUACUGUUUAGAGCUUCUGGAGCUUGUGCGGAACCCCAAGAAGCAUGCUUCUGUAAUUCCUUCGCUUCGUCACUUUCUUCAGAAUUCUUCAUCCAGUACCUUACAGCCCUUCUUCGAUUACACUUUGUUCCCAUUACUUUUGCUCCUGGAUGCUGCCAUUGAAUGCAGAUCUACGCCAAAAGUAGGUUCUAAAGAAAAUUUUACAACGUCUGAUGUACCAAAACCACCUAAUCCAGUGAGUGAUACUGUGGCAGAAGGCGUUGUUUGUUGUUUAGAGGAACUUCUGAAGAAGUGUCAUUUGAAAUCUGUGGAUCAGAUGGUUGUAGUCCUAAAGAAAUUAACAUACGGGGCUUUGCUUUCACCACUUGAGGCUUCGGAGGAGUUUCGUGAAGGAAUUAUCUUGUGUUUCAGGGCACUGCUUCUGAGUUUACAAUCCUGUUCUGAUGAGUCGUGCUCAUGCGAACAAAUUCCUGGUUUUCCUGCACUUUCAGAGGACACAGAUGAUACGCCUCAUUGGAAAUCUUCCAAAACUACUGCAGAAUCAGAAGUCUGUUUACUUGCUUUUCUUCGCUCUCAAGAUGCAUCAGCAGCCAUUGGACACUGGCUGUCUCUUCUUCUAAAAGCUGCAGAUACAGAGGCUGCAAGAGGACAUCGAGGCUCUGCAAGACUGAGAACUGAAGCCUUUAGAACUCUCCGCUUGCUGGUUGCUAAGGUCGGUACUGCAGAUGCAUUAGCCUUCUUUUUACCUGGUGUUGUUAGUCAAUUUGCCAAAGUUUUGCACAGUGCUAAAACGAUGAUGAGUGGUGCGGCUGGUAGUGCAGAGGCUAUUGAUCAAGCAAUUAGAGGGUUGACUGAGUAUCUUAUGAUAGUCCUCAGGGAUGAUGCUAAUGCACCUGUCAUGGGUGUUGAAGCUUCAUCUAACUUUGGUUCUGAUAACUGUGAAUCCACUGUGUCUCUUUUGGAGGAGCUCCGUCGCUUGCCUGUUAAAGCUCAACUUCAAAAUGAAGUGAUUGAAGAUACAAGGCAUGAGUUGGGGGAAAUCCCUUGUUCAAACACUGAACUACAAGAAAAGAGUGGUGAUUGUAGCAAAGCUAUUGGAUCUUUGCAUGUGAAUCGAACAAAAGAUUGGUUGGAGAAAACAUCAGCUCAUUUAAAGAAGCUGUUGAACGUAACAUUUCCACAUAUCUGUAUUCACCCUUCACAAAAGGUGAGAAAGGGACUUGUUAAUGCUGUACAAGGACUUCUAUUGAACUGCCACUACACUCUGGGAGAGAGUAGACUGAUGCUUUUGGAGUGCUUAUGUGCUUUGGUAGUUGAUGAUUCUGAUGAUGUAUCUUCUACUGCACAAGAGUAUCUUGAAUAUUUAUUCUCUCUAAACUGGAAGCCUCUUCUAGAACAGGAUGCUUCUGAAAUAUUUAGCAGGCAUGUUGAAAAGCUUCCCAAAGUGGUGCUUGGCAAUGAGGAGUCCCAUGCAGUGUUGAAUGCGCAACAGUUAUUAGUGAUAAUAUAUUAUUCUGGUCCUCGUCUAAUGUUCGAUCAACUUCAGUCUCCUGUGGGAGCUGCUAGAUUCCUGGAUGUAUUUGCCGCAUGUCUAAGCCAUAGAUCAGAGUUCUCUGGUUCACUUGACAAAAUCAUUUCAAGAUCAUCAACAUUGGCGUACCUACCCUCUGUUGAUGACUUGAAAUCUGGUGUUAAUUUCUUAUGUCCUGGUCUUCCUAUUAUGAAUGCUGGCUUGUUGGAAGCUCCAAAGUACAGCCUUAUUGAGGAAAAUAAUAGACAAAAACCUAUGAAAGCAGAGGGCUAUGAGCUUCCUCGUAUGCCCCCUUGGUUCAGUAAUGUGGGUAGUGUUAAACUAUACCAGCCUCUUGCUGGGAUUCUCAGACUUGUUGGAUUAUCUUUAAUGGCAGAUAGUAGAAGUGAGGGGCUUCUGUCAUAUAUAACUGAGACUCUACUUGGUCACAUUCGUAAAUUGGUUUCUGAACUCCGUAUGAAAGAUUACAAUAAAGAAAGCUGGCGAUCUUGGUAUGAGAGAACUGGUUCAGGACAGUUAUUGCGGAAAGCAAGCACAGCUGCAUGUAUGCUCAACGAGAUAAUGUUUGGUCGAUCUGAUCAAGCUAUUAAUGGUUUUGCUAGAGUGUUUCAUAGAUCUGCUACGAAAAGGGAAGGCAUUGAGGUCCAGUCUUUCAAACUUGAUUGUUCACUUCAUGAAUCUGUUUGGAAGAUGCUACAUGAUGAAGGUGCAAGAAGUCAUUUAAUGGAUUGCAUUGGUGGGAUCUUGCAUGAGUAUUUAUCUGCUGAAGUUUGGGGUAUUCCAGUCAACUACAGAUCUGUGGACAUGCAUCUUAAUGCUGAAGACGACGAACCUAGCCCAUACCUUUUCCAGGACGCUGCGAUGCUACACGAGGUUAUUAUUGAUGGACUAGGAAUCUUCAAUCUAUGUCUUGGAAGAGAUUUUGCUGCAAGUGGGUUUCUUCAUUCAUCUCUUUAUUUGUUGCUUGAGAAUCUCAGUUCUCCAAGUUUCCAAGUUAGAAACGCUGCAGACUGUGCCUUGCAUAUACUUUCCACCACAUAUGGCUAUUCAACGGUUGGACAUCUAGUUCUGGAAAAUGCAGACUAUGUCAUUGAUUCAGUAUGCCGACAGUUGCGUCAUUUGGACCUUAACCAUCAGUGCCAAAUGUGCUAG